UCGCAGCAGAGCCACAGCAUGUCCUCAUUGAGCACGAGCUGAAGUGAAUCCCUUUCUCGUCUCGGACCAAUCACGUGCGAGCUGCGUUUCUCUAGCCCGCGUCAUCACGUUACAACCGGCGAGAGGGCCGAGCGUAGCGGAGCAUGAAAAAGGAGCUCAGCGAGAGAGAGAGAGGAGCCGGGCAUGCUGCAGGUGGAGAUGGAUCAAAUACACUAUACUCCGUGAGAAAGGUGUGAAGGACGCGAUAGGGGCGGAUUUCUCUUGACUCCAGCUGCUGAAGCGGUCACCAUACAUCAGCAGGCUGGCAAUGACCGAGUGACUGUGUGCUCUGCUCUCCAGACUUCAAGCUUCUUUUUCUUCUAAAGAGGGAUUUCGCGCCGUUUUCAUGGACGUAUAACACGCUUCAGUGAGGAGUUUUUUCACCACUUUUGCCGUUUUCCAUUGCGACGAUGGGAGUUUUCCGAGCGCAGGCAGUGCACGGCAUGCUGGGUUGUUGAGAUAUCAUCUGUUGCUGCAGCCGGCUUAAUCAAAAGCGCGAUCAGUCAAAAGCCCGCUUCAUUUGGACCCAGCAUGUUUGGGGGAUGUCUUUAACGUUUCCAAAAGCGCGUUUAAUCUGAGCAGAGAUGGAUUGUCCAACAUUGUGUCAUUGGAGGCAGCGAUCGUUUUUCCACGUUGGAUGGUGAAGACCGUCAGCUGUGCGUGUUCAGCAUGAUCUGCUGCACUCCUCCUGCCUAAAAGCACACAGAGCUCGGUCAGGUAAGGCUUUUUUUUCUUCUGAGAGCACCUCCACCAUCACCUCCCGGAAUCACGCCGACUUCUCGCCCAGCACGCCCCUUUCUUAUCGAAGCGCAGAUGAUGAUGAUGGAGGACGACGAGCUGGAGGCGCAUCAGGUUGACGCUGACACGGACCUGGAGCCCCAGAGCCGGCCUCGCUCCUGCACAUGGCCGCUGCCCCGUCCAGACGCCUUCCCCGAAGGAGCGGAGCUGCUGGUCAAGGCGGAACCGGACAGCGCGUCUUCUUGCCGCGAAGCGCUGCCCUGUGCGCCCGGCCUGGACGUGGCCGGACAGCUGCGCAAAGCCAAGUCGUCCCGGCGUAACGCGUGGGGCAACCUGUCCUACGCGGACCUGAUCACACGUGCCAUCGAGAGCACGCCUGAAAAAAGACUCACCCUGUCUCAGAUCUACGACUGGAUGGUUCGCUACGUCCCUUAUUUCAAGGAUAAAGGAGACAGCAACAGCUCGGCCGGCUGGAAGAACUCCAUACGCCACAAUCUAUCACUCCACACCCGCUUCAUCCGUGUGCAGAAUGAAGGUACGGGGAAGAGCUCCUGGUGGAUGCUGAACCCUGAAGGAGGCAAGGCAGGGAAAGCACCCCGGCGACGGGCUGUCUCUAUGGACAACAGCACCAAGUACCUGAAAAGCAAAGGCCGGGUGAACCGCAAGAAAAUGGUUGGAAGAGCAGGAUUGGGCUCAGUGGCCCGGGUGGCAUUCCAUGGCUCCCCAGAGCAGACCAGCCCAACAGGGAAGUCUGGGACAGGAGCAACAAGUGUCGGGGAAGAGUUUGAGACAUGGACAGACCUCCACUCUCGGGCCAGCUCGGCGGCUUCCACACUUAGUGGACGUCUGUCACCUAUUAUGGCAGAAGGGGAGCUGGAGAACCCAGAGGAGGGGCGACUGUCCUGCUCCACAUCACCACGGCUCUACCCUAGUCCCUCCAGCACCCGCUCCCCAGCGGCACACUGCCCUCCCGUGGAGCUGCCACAGCUAGCAGAUCUCACUGGGGCCAUCAGCCUGGAAGAAGGGUACCAUCACCACCAGCCACCACGCCACAAGCACCCUGCCUACCACUACAGCAGUGGGUCAAAGGCCCAGGGAUCCUACUGCAGCCCUAUUUAUGGUCAAACGGGUGUGGGCAUGCUGCGCCAUCAUUCGCCCUUGCAGACCAUCCAGGAGAACAAGGCCUCCAGCUUCUCUGGCAACUUGCAGACCUACUCAGGCACAAAUGCCUUGCAGAGUCUACUUACUGGAGGCCCACAGUACUGUACAAAAGACUUGAUGCUUGGCCAGGAGCAUGAGGCCAUGAUGGUUCCUCCCAGUAAUGGAACACACAGCCACCACCAUGGCCACAACAACCAUAAUGGCACACACAAUCACAAUCCUGCUCAUAGCCACAAUGGUACCCACAGUCACAACCAGCCACACAUCUCUGCUUCAACUGCAGCAGCCAAUCCUGCUCAUAGCAUGAGUCAUAGCCUGGGCCAGAACCAUCGGCCUCAUGGCCCUGCCGCCCAUAGCCGACCUACCGCUGGCCACAUGCAACCCUACAACCAGAAAGCUCCAUACCUGUACAGUCCUCCAGCUCAUGCACACCUCCCUGCUUCCACCACACUGCCCCCAAACCCUGCAGGCAUGCAGGGUGUCCCUCAAGACUCCUGCCAUUUGGCCACUGCCCCACACCCUCGCCACAACACUUUUCCAGGCCCACACCAGCAAGCCAUGGCCGAUGGGCCAUACCAUCAAGCUCAGGGCAUGGGGGGAGGAGGUAGUGGUUACCAAGGCUACCACCACCCCCAUCACCCUUACCCCCACGAGCGGCUGCCAGCAGACCUGGAUGUGGACGUUUUCCAUGGCAGUCUGGACUGUGACGUGGAGUCUGUCCUCCUCCAUGACAUCAUGGACUCAGGAGAGGAGAUGGACUUUAACUUUGAUUGCUCCCUGGCACAGGGCAUGGGCAUCGGGAUGGGUAUGGGCAUGGGUGUAAGCAUGGGGCUUGCAGGCCCACAGCAGAACCACAGCAACCAGAGCUGGGUGCCUGGCUGAAAGCCCUACACCUGCCCUGUCAUGAACAUUCUCAGAGACCAAACUUUCUGCAGCCCUCCUUAGAGGGGAGAUGCACUGUGCUUGAUUCACACAUUCCUCAAAUAAAGGACAAGAAUCCAGAAGACAUUCCUUAGUUUCACUUUCUGAGUUUCUGUCUUACUCAGCCUGCUCAUCUAUCUGUGUGCUGUUCUGAAAUGCGUGUCCACCUUUUAUCCAGUACACACAUCUGUUGCACCCCGCUUAAUGUCAACCCACUUUGCUCUUGCUGACAGAACGUGAUGACAAUCUCGACUGUGUUGCCCAACAUUGCCUUUUUCUCCAGUCAAAACUAAACUCUUGAGCACUUUAACUGCGUAAAACAAAUCCGUAUCUCCGUAUCUCACUCUCACAAUGGGGAGCUGGCUCCCGGGCGGCAGGAGCUGUAGCUGGCAUGUUGUUUGCUGCACAAGUGGGAAAAUCUCACACCCUUAGGGGGUCUGUAUGCAAAAAAAAAAAAAAAAAGAAACA